AUGAACAGGCCAGCGCCGCGUCCUCUCGGGAACCGAGCGAAGCUGCAGAUCUCAACUCCCCCAUCUUCCCAAGUCUCGGUCGAGGAAGAAUCCAUCGCCAGCUCUUUCGACGUGGGUUAUGAUAGCGAUGCAAAUCCUAAUACUCUCAAGCGCUCACUUGAGGACUGUUUAGACAACAUUCAGACUACGGGCACCUUUGCUACGUCUGGGCUGUUGCCAGAUGCUACAUCACCAGGCUUAAAAAUUCACAAUGUAGACUCGGUUGGAGCCCCCCUUGCAAGAAACCCAAAGCGAAAGCCAUUGAAAAUGUAUGCCACCAAGCACCAUUUGGGCAAGGUCGGUCCGAUCUCCUUUCGAAGUGGCCUACUACUCAUGCUCGCUGAAUGUCGGAGCGCGGCAGAACGAGGGAGGUCCGAAACUGAUACGUCAGCAAGCCCUGUGCAGUGUCUCAUGAACGCAGGCGACCCAGCCAUUUUGCUCGUCCAGCUUGACAGACGAGAUCUUGGUGUCGAGGUACUGAAGGUGAUCCGAAAGUGGGAGGCUGAAGCUGGUACGGUUCAUAUUGUCGCCUUCGAAACCUUCUUCCUUCCUCAUCUUGGAGCUCUGACCGCAACUGGACCGUGGACCUCAGAACGGGUGACUCGAUAUGGGAAGCUCUUCCGUACAACGCUCACACUGUGCGCAAUGCGCUUCGUGCAGAUCGAACGACAGGCCGUAGUCCAUGAGGUUUCCAGUCAGCCGCGGCAGAAGGCAACAUCUGCAUCAGAGUUUAGCAUGCACAAUAACCAAGCAUGUGACCGAUCAACGGGGCGUAGAAACUCUCGUGGUGACAAAGCCCAGCACACCUUCGCUGGCAAAGCAUGA